AUGUCCGCUAAGGCCUACUCUACGGACAGCUCUGUAGAGGGGAUUCGUACCCCUAGCUCUGGCAUAAUCUCCUCCUCAGACCAGGAUGAUGCCUUCAGCAUCGAGGACGGCAGCAUGCCCGUGGUGAUCACUAUGGCGGGCUCCAGCUUAGGGCCUCAUUCUGGUUCCGACGCCCAUAACUCUGGCGCCACCAACCCAGGCCUGAGCGCCACCUUUCCAAUGCGUUGGGCCCUACAGAGGUACCUCGCCGAGUCCGCCAUCAUAGAGGGGCCGCUGUACGGACGGUUUCUCGAAGCACAGAUGCAGACCGACAACAGCAUCCCCAGCCCCUAUGAGCGCGUCGGCUUUUACGCUACACUUGCGAUGAGGGCUAUCGACCAGUUUGAGGCGACGUUUCCUGACCAUGUGCACGUUUGA